AUGGGCCAGACAGUAACUCUGCUACUGGCCAUAUUUUGGCUGGGCAGGACCGGCGAGGAUGAGCAGUUGGAUACCAUGGAGUCCUGCUGGGCAGACGACCCUUUGGGCAGCAAAGGUUCUUGGGCAAGGUACUGCUGCAGGCCCAAGCCGUGCGGUCAAAGCGGCUGCUGGGUCCCGCCGAUGUACACCUAUGAGUUCUGUUGUGACGAGGAUGCCUGCCGGCCUCUUGCCAUGGAGGAGAUAAAGCGCGCCCUGGAUUUGGCUGUCGAGUCUCUGCCAAAUGAGAAUGCGUCCUUGCUGGCCUUCCGAGCUGCACCAGAGGCUUUCAGAAGCAUGCGCGGGCUUCAAGCGCAGCUUUCCACGCAGGAGCAGGCAUGCUCCUGCGGCAUUGCCUACGCAGUUGCAACGCUGCUCUGGUAUUCUGAGGACAGCCCAGCCUUGGACGCGGCCAUCAAGCCAAGGUGGUUCCUGGAGGGAGUGGACUGGGGCGAGUUUCUGGCUCAGGGCUGGAGCAGCAUCUUCAAGUGGCUGGACCGUUUUCGGAGUGAGGAAGGCGAAGGCUCCGCGCAUGACGAGAACUUUGUGCAGUCGCCAGAUCAGGACGUCGAAGAACUUUCCGAGCGUUGGCAAGCACUUCUGAGAUUCGUCAGGUCAGCACAGGAGAAGGCUCUUCGCAUCGUCGCAGCAAGGAAAGCUGAAAUUUCAGGAGAGCUGUCAAUAUCUGAUGUGAUCCGCGAGCUCCGGAAACACGGUGUAUUCCAGAGAGUCUGGCAUCACGUCUUGGCGGACCUGACUCGGCGGCGAAAGGGCCAGAAGUGUGUGGUUGGGAAAGGGCCAGAGAAUUCUGGAAGGUGGCUGGCUUGCGAGCCCUGGGAGUACCACUUGACGGCCAACUUUUCGUCCGUCCUGCCGUCCGUAGGGGAUCGAGACGGCUUCGACGGCCUUGGCAAGUCCAACGUGGCAGUGUGCGUAUUGGGUGCUCCCCGCACGGUGGUGAAGACUUACACUGGCAUUCGUGAGAAGGUGGUUGAAGCUCUGCAGGGCGACACCUUCAUCUAUGUGCCGUUCUCAGACAUGUUCACCCCCGUUCUCGAGGAGGAUCUCAGGGCCCUGGGCCGGGCAGUCACGGCAAUUGUAGUUCCAGACGUUGACCGCAAAACCUUCGAGAACCGGACAGUCAGCGAGUUCGUGGAUCGUCGGCUGUGGAUGCUCUAUGCCAAGGCCAACGGCCCCUGGAGAGCCCCGCUUUAUGGGCAAAUGGGCAGCAGCAUGUGGGGCUAUCACAACCAACAUUGCUGCCGCAGGAUGGUGGAGUCCUUCGAGCAGCAGAGAGGUUGGGAGUAUGAGUGGGUCGUCUUUGCACGAGCAGAAAUGGUUUGGACGCACUCUCACCCGCCUGUUCAGGUUCUGAGCCCUGACUUCGUGCACAUACCCAUGGGCCAGGACAACAGCUACUACAACUUCAACGACUUGAAGGGCAUCAAUGACAGACAUGCCGCGGUGCCCAAGCGCUGGUUCCACUCCUACUUCAACCGCUGGGAAUGCCUGCUCAACGGGGAAGCCUGGAAGUAUCUGGCCAAAGUUGCCAAGGAAGGCUACAUGAUUAACACGGAGCAAUACCUGUGGCUCCAUCUACAAGCAGAAGGUGUGCAGGUUCGACGAUUCUCGCCUGUUUCCUUCCUGUCACAUUGCACAGAAGGUCCCCAGUGCCAGCACCUUUACAAGGGCACUGACCUGGGCAAGGUUCGCUGGACGCCCACGGCAAAGUACUGGACCGAGCUGCUGGAGUCUCGUCGGACCCUCGUGGAUGCCCGAACCUCGGGGGCCUUGAUGGGUCUUGAUCCGCCUUUGACUGCCUCCUUGCUUGCUCAGUCCUUCUGA